CUACAUUUUCCAUUAAACACGCGACAUGCCUUAUGCCUCCUAAUUCUGACAAAAAAAAACGUCAAAAUUUGAAAAAAUGACUGAAAUUAAGCUCCCAGUCUACGCCCCUUUCGAAGUCAUAAUCCAUAACCAGCCCACCGACUGUUGGUUGUCCCUUCUGGGGAAGGUCCUCGAUGUCACCCCUCUUGUGCGCGAAUACAAGGACAAAAACUGCAUCAAGCCGAUCCUUGCGUUCGCCGGCAAAGAUGUAAGCCACUGGUUUGACGAGAAAACGGGGGAAAUUCAGCACUUUAUUCACCCCGUGACCGGUGUCCAAGUCCCAUAUUGCCCCCAUGGGCCCCUCCCGCAUGUUGCCUGUCAGGUACCAUCGACGACCUGGAGGCCCCUUGAAGGGACUCCCUGGUGGUUAGAUAGCAAGUACCAAAUUGGGGUUUUGACCAAAAUGGUGCGUCCGAUUAAAAUAAUAAAUUUGUUGUUGGGGCGCGCAGUUGUGAUAAAUGUCUGUUGCGAGGACGAUUUUUUCAGGAUUCAGGAGCGGUACUCGUUGUAUACUUCAGAGCCUGAUAGUUACACUUGGGUUUACAUGGACAAAUUGAUCGAGAUGGACAAGACUAUGGACGAGAAUGGGAUCCCCGAUGAUCGGGAAAAAAUGGCCGAGUUGGGAAUACCAAAAAGUUUUUUCGUGCCAAGUGUCAGUCUUUAUUUCAACGACGAUCUCAGACACACUGAAGAUCUGACAGAUGACGAAGAUGAGUUGGAUGCGGAAGUUUGUUGUACUUGCAAAAAGGAUGAUGAGAAAUGAUUGUAGAAAUUUUUUAUUGAGUCUAUAAAUUUAUAUAGAUCGUAUAAAGAUAAUACGUAAUUAGUG